AGCGCCUGAGUAACGAUUGAAUGGGACUAUGGGAGAGAGUGAGAAAAGCUUAAAACUGAAAGAUGAGAGUGGAAAAUGGUGAAGAAAAUGCUUUAUAAUUGUCGGUGGAGAUCUCUUCACAACCACAAAUACUUUAUAAUCAAAUUAGGUGUUGCAAUUCUUUUGGUGGGUCUUGCAUUUAGGCUUCUCUACACUCGAUCCACUGAGUUUUCUCCUAUUUCCGACACCCCAUUUCUUGAUAAUGCCCAGAUUUCACCACCCCCUGUUAGUCCUCUAAUUUCUAAAGAAAAUACGGUUGGAUUUCCUCCAAAAGAUGAUGCUGGAAAGUGUAAUAUUUUUAUUGGGGAUUGGAUUCCUUAUCAGGGAGAACCCAUCUACACAAAUGAGAGUUGCAGCUUCAUCGAUGCCCACCAGAAUUGUAUGAAGAACGGGCGGCCAGACACCGGUUAUCUCCAUUGGAAGUGGAAUCCCCGUGGUUGCAAGUUGGCUCAAUUUGAUCCAGAUAGGUUUCUUGAGUCGAUGAGGAAUAAGAGUUGGGCACUGAUUGGUGAUUCAAUAUCACGAAAUCAUAUCCAGUCAUUGAUAUGCAUUCUUUCCACGAUAGAAAAGGCAGUUGAAGUUUACCAUGACGAGGGAUACAAAUCGAGAAGAUGGACUUUCCCCACGUACAACUUCACCAUAUCGGUUAUUUGGUCUCCUCUCCUUGCAAAAGCCGCCAUUUUUGAAGAUGUGAACGGUGUUUCAACAUCUGAGAUUGAACUACAUCUCGACAUUCUUGACACGAAUUGGACUAAACAGUAUCAGAGCUUUGAUUACAUGAUAAUUUCUAGUGGUAAAUGGUUCGUCAAAAAUGCAAUCUACUAUGAGAACAACAAGGUACUAGGUUGCCACAACUGUCCUGAGAGGAACUUCAUAGAACUCGGGUUCAAAUUUGCUUAUCAAAAAGUCCUCCACAAUGUUUUUAAUUACAUUACCAGAUCGAACCACAAAGGCAUGAUCUUUUUCAGGACCUCCACACCCGACCACUUUGAGAAUGGAGAGUGGUUCAGUGGUGGGUCAUGUAGAAGAACAGGACCAGCAAAGGAAGGUGAGUUUGGGUUAAGUGAUGUGAACAGAGUCCUCCGUGAAGUCGAAUUAGAGGAAUUUGAGAAGGCAUCUGCUAAAGCUUCUGCAAACUUGGUAGACCUUAAACUUUUUGAUGUAUCUCCUCUUUCAUUAUUGAGACCAGACGGACACCCAGGUCCAUAUAGAUUUUUUCAACCAUUUGCUAAAGAUAAGAAUGCGAAAACAAUAAAUGACUGUCUGCAUUGGUGUUUGCCCGGCCCGAUUGAUUCUUGGAAUGAUCUGUUAAUGAAUAUGGUGUUUAACAGUUGAGGAUAUUGGAUGUUGGAUGGAUAUUUAAUCCUCCACCUAUAAAUAAUACAGCUCGUUUUGUGUUCGAAUUCUUGCUUUUGUCCUUGGCUAGUUUUUCGUAUAAAUUUUGUUAUCAGGGGUAGAGUUAAAGUCUGUUGCAUGCACAGUUAUCAGUUUCAUUGUGAGAAAUAUGUCUGAAUUUGCAUUCUAUCCUAUUUACUAUGGAUGUCCAUGGGCUGACUUCAUUGCCCUGGGUUGCCAUUUGCCAA